AUGUCUGAAUUCCAAGGCUGUUACUACGCAAAUGAGACACAUCCGGAUGUGUACUUGAAGAUCGGCGAACAUGGCUACAAUGGCCUGAUCAAGCACGUUUGCGAUCGAUACAAGGACUAUCCCGGCCGUGUGCAGUACUAUGCUGAGGUACGAAAGGACGUGCACGUGAAGCAUCCAACGAACAAGGGCAUCAACAAAAACUUUCCCGAUCCAGCCGAUUUGCGAAUCAAAGAUAAGGUCGAAAGGUUGGUGCACGAAAGCGCAUCGCUGUUCAUCGCAAAACGAGGAGGUGCUACGUGGCAAAGUUCGGUACCUACCAGCCUCGCGACGGCAAUGGCCUUCUGA